AUGCUCAGAUUCACGCCAGGCGUCGACUAUGCCCUCCGCGGCGCGACCAAGUACCUUGCUCCCAGUGUCCUCCUUGCUGUCUUGACGCAACGAUUCGCCGGUUUCAACGUGGGGCUUCUGGCUGGACUUCUGGCAAUACCGUGCUAUGCUUCGGCGCGCAUCCUUUGGUCGGAUCUUAGAAUGAAACGAGAAGCUGCCAAGUUAGGAGCUAGGCUAAUCCCGAGGCUCAGGGGACGGUGGUUUGCCAACCUGGAUAUUCUAAAGGAAAUGAAUUGGCACUUCAGCAAUGGCUACCUUGGCGACGGCUUAACUCAAAUCCUCGAGGAAUACGGGAACGCGUUCAACUUCCAUGUUCUAUGGGGCGAGGGCGUCUUUACUGUCUGCCCCGAGCACAUAAAACUCAUACUAGCCACCGAUUUCAAUAACUACGAGAAAGGUCCCCGAUUCAUCGAGACAAUGUCUCCCGUCCUUGGGACAGGUGUGUUCAACUCUGAUGGUUCAAUGUGGAAAUUCCACCGGUCCAUGACACGCCCCUUCUUUUCGCGGGAUCGUAUCUCUCACUUUGACCUUUUCGACCGGCAUGCGGAAGUCCUCAUCUACAGGAUGAAGGAGCGAAGUAGCAUAGGGAUGGGUAUCGAUGUACAGGAUUUGAUGGGAAGGUUCACCUUGGACUCGGCCACGGAGUUCUUGUUCGGAUCGUGUGUACACUCUCUAAACGGAAAGCUGCCAUACCCGCAUCAUCUGGAUCCCGCCUAUCUUGCGCCCUUGGAUAAUCACCAAGUUGCAGAUGAGAAGUUUCCUAGAGCAUUCCUGCAGGCACAGGAGGCAAUAUCUCAGCGUGAAAGGCUGGGCCCGAUCUGGCCGUUGUGGGAGAUGUUUGGCGAUGCAACGAAGGAGCCUAUGAGAGUCGUCAAUGCAUUCAUCGACCCCAUCAUACAGGAGGCGUUGCGCAAGAAAAGAACGAAAGACACGGAGACGGGAAUCCUCGGGGGUCAAACUAUUAAACCGGAAGAGGACGCAAAUAGCGCAGAGGUAGAGGAUGAUGUAACGUUGUUGGAUCACUUAGUCAAAUUCACCUCAGAUCCUGUCGUGCUCAAGGACGAGACGUUGAACAUUAUGUUGGCGGGUAGAGACACCACUGCCGCUACUUUGACCGUUUUGGUUUACUUCCUCGCAAUGUACCCGGAAGUCCUCAAGCGCCUCCGUACCGAGGUCCUCUCCAAGGUCGGCUCCUCCGAAAGACCAACGUACGCAGAGAUUCGAGAUAUGAAGUACCUGCGAGCGGUAAUUAAUGAGGUUCUGAGGCUGUACCCUGUGGUACCGUUCAAUGUUCGCCAGUCGAUUAACGACACAACCUGGCCUUCUCCGGACCCGAAUGAGAAGCCGUUGUACAUUCCUGGUGGCACAAAAACGAUGUACUCUGUAUUUCUUAUGCAGCGGCGAAAGGAUUUAUGGGGUCCAGAUGCUGAGGAAUUUGACCCGGACCGCUUCCUCGACGACCGCCUGAAGAAGUACUUAAUCUCGAAUAGUUUCGCAUUCUUACCUUUCAACGCUGGGCCGCGCAUUUGUCUGGGCCAACAGUUCGCCUACAACGAGAUUUCCUUCAUGGUCAUCAGACUGCUUCAAAACUUCGAGUCCUUCUCGCUGGACGAAGACGCACAGCCGCCCGAGACACGGCCUCGCGCAUACUGGAAGGAUGGGCCAAGCGGGAGGAGGGCUAUAGAAAAGUUCUAUCCCAAGGUGACUUUGACUUUGUACGCUUAUGGUGGGUUGUGGGUUAAGGCGCAUGAAGCGAAGGAGUCCUAA